AUGGAGGAAGCAUGUGGUGUGUUUGGAUGCAUCUCCAGAAGCAUAAAUGUUGCUGACACGAUAGCCGUUGGUUUGACAGGCUUACAACAUAGAGGUCAAGAGAGUGCAGGAAUUGUUAUGAGUUCUGGCACAGAUGACAGUUAUGUAGAGCACAAAGGCAUGGGACUUGUUGAACAUGUUUUUAAAGAUAACUUGCUCAAACUUCAGGGCCAUAUUGGAUUAGGCCACACUAGAUAUUCAACUGUUGGUGUGUCGAGCAUCAUUAACUGUCAACCUUUUGUUGUUCAAUCUAGUCUGGGCAAGAUUGCAGUUGCUCACAAUGGCGAACUUGUUGAAGCCAAAAAGCUCAGGAAAGAGGUGCUGGAUAUGGGAACAGGACUAACCACUAAUUCUGAUUCCGAAGUUAUAACUCAAAUUUUGUGCCAUCCUCCAAAAGUUUUAAAUGAUGGCCAUGAGUGGCUGGAUAGAAUAAAAGAAUUUAUGAGUCGUUCAUUAAUCUCGUACUCUCUGGUCAUCAUGCACGACAACAAAUUGUAUGCAGCACGAGAUCCAUUCGGAAACAGACCUCUAUGCAUAGGAAAGAUCAAACAAAGGAACGUGUUGAAGGGGGAGGGAGAUGAAAAGAAGGAAGAAGUAAUAGGCUGGGUUGUUUCAUCCGAGACGUGCCCUUUUAAAUCUGUUGGAGCUGAAUUGGAGAGAUUUGUCAAACCAGGUGAAAUUGUUGAGAUAUCGCUGACUGGUUAUAAAAUAUUACACACUGCACAAAGACCAGAAAACAAACGCCCUGCUUUCUGCAUCUUUGAAUAUGUCUACUUCUCAAGACCAGAUAGUUUUCUGGAAGGACAGCUAGUCCAUUUUGUGAGAGAAAGAUGUGGUGAGACAUUGGCUGUUGAGCACCCAGUGGUAGGAAUAGAUGAUGAGAAAGAUGAUUGGGUGGUCAGCACCGUUCCAGAAUCUGCCACACCUGCGGCUAUUGGGUACGCGAAAAAACUGAAAGUGCAGUAUGCCGAGGUUCUGUGCAAGAAUCGCUACGUUGGAAGAAGUUUUAUUCAGCCAACUCUGAACCUUCGACAAAGAACAGUGUCGAUGAAAUAUGGAGUGCUGGAAGAUCACGUCAAGAACAAAAAAAUUGUUUUGGUGGAUGAUUCUAUUGUGAGGGGAACAACCAUCACUCCUAUUGUUCAGUUACUCAGAAAGUCUGGAGCUCUCGAGGUGCACAUCCGUGUGGCAUCGCCACCCAUCAAAUAUCCCUGCUACAUGGGCAUCAAUAUUCCCACCACUAACGAACUCAUAGCCAACAAGUGUUCAGCUGAUGAACUUGCCAAACAUAUCGGUGCAGACAGUGUUAAGUACAUAAGUUUGAAAGGUCUGGAAGACUCCGUAAGACCGGAGAAGAGACAGGAUUAUGAUGGCGGAUAUUGUACCGCUUGUCUCAGUAAUGUUUAUCCUGUUGAAAUUGAAGAUCUUGUCUGAAUGUUUCACUUGAUCUCUACUUGUAUACAUUUUUUUCUAUUUGUAUGCUUUAAACUUAUUUUUUAGUUGGUUGUACUUAUCCUUGGCUGUUCCUAUUUAAUAUCAAUUUCAACUAAUGAUUAGAUCAAAAUUAAUUGUUCAAAAAAUUGAUUUUAUUCGUUAUAAUCAGAUAUUCUAUUAAAGAUUGCCCGUUAAUUGAUGAUUCGUGUUAAAGAAUGUACUUGUCUUGUUAAGACUUACGUAUUUUCAAUUGCACUGAUUUGUAUAAAUUUCUUUAGUUUAUUGGUGUAAUUAAUCUAGUGAGUUUGCAGUGUGGUUACUGUCUACCUGCGUGUGUUUGUAGGUUGUACAGAAUUUGUUGAACAUGCAUCUAUCAUUUUGUCUAACAUUUCUUCAUGACCUUUCCAAAUUAGACAAUUUUACUUUUAUUUUCAGGUUACUGAAUUAAUUUCAGUUUUUUGUAAAUGUACUUUGUUCGUGCAACUGAAAUAAUUUCCUAAUUAAAUAGGAAUUUUUAACCUUAUAGUUUGACAGUUGUUUAUGUUAGAUGACUGCUAAUGCAUUUUAUAUUAGUUUAAACAUUUUAAUGUGUGAACCUUAGCGAAUGAGCUGUUUUAUGAUGAUAGUUUUAUGUUUGCAUUGCUUCUGAAUUCUACUAUUUGAAGUUAUAACUUUUAUCUUGAGUUUUUAAAGUUUGUAUUAUUUGAAUAUGGUUUUAUUAAAAUUUUUAAAUUUACCAAAA